AUGUUCGACAAGAAGAUCAUCCAGUACGAAAUGAACUGCGGUCAAUCACGCAAGCAGACGACCAGCAAUCUCGGGCCCGUAAACUCGAUCGCCCUCAUGGACGAGAUAGGCGGUUUGUCAACACACCCACACAUGCACUCGAUGCCGGCCGUCACUCUGCACCCGAGCAAGAAGUAUUCUGCUGCGCAGAGUAUGGACAACCAGAUCCUGGUUUACCGCACGGACAACUUCCGCUAG